GCCGAGUGAUCUCAUCACAUGAGGCAUGGUCACCACGAAUUCCUUCAUGGAACCGUGCCUUCCUUUCAACUUGUGUCAAUUGGAGUUCCUCGUCGUCCGUUGCUUGCGAUCAGUUAGUGCGUCGAAUUAGAUGAAGUCCUCAAGAUCGUUGCAGCUCCUUGCCAGGAGGACGGCUGCGUCAGCCCCCACAUGCCAACCCGGUCUUGCCACCACCGCCAGACGGCGAUAUUCAACACAUCCGGAGAAUGCUCGUUUGAAUCUGCCAAUCGACUACUCUACAACAUCUAUCCUCUCUCACAGCGCUCGGUCAGCAUUAGCGACGACAGAGUUACCGGUAGAGGUAAAGAAUGGCACCACGAAGCGCAUGAACCUAUUCCAGGCCAUCAAUGAUGCCUUGUCCACAGCACUCACCGAGGACGAGAAUGUUAUCAUUUUCGGUGAAGAUGUGUCUUUUGGUGGCGUGUUCCGCUGCACAAUGAAGCUUGCCGAGCAAUUCGGCGGAGAACGGGUUUUCAACACUCCUCUCACAGAACAGGGCAUCAUGGGCUUUGCCAUUGGUGCCGCCGCCGAGGGCAUGCGGCCAGUCGCCGAGAUCCAGUUUGCUGACUACGUAUAUCCGGCUUUUGAUCAACUUGUGAACGAGGCCGCCAAAUUCCGGUAUCGCGACGGCAGCUGUGGUCGGAGUGUGGGCGGUCUUACAGUAAGAAUGCCAUGCGGUGGUGUGGGCCAUGGCGCAUUAUACCACAGCCAGAGUCCCGAAUCGCUCUUUACACAUAUUCCUGGUUUGCGGGUAGUCAUGCCGAGGAGCCCAUUGCAGGCCAAAGGCCUCCUCCUAGCUGCCAUUAGAAGCAACGACCCUGUCGUCUUCAUGGAACCCAAAAUCCUAUACCGCGCGGCUGUAGAGCAGGUCCCUACCGCGGCCUACACUCUACCAUUAUCAAAAGCCGAAAUACUAAAGGAGGGAAAAGACGUUACCAUUAUAUCUUAUGGCCAGCCUCUUUAUACUUGCAACUCGGCACUUCACGCCGCCGAAAAGGACCUAGGCAUAUCGGUGGAGUUGAUCGACUUGAGAACGCUUUACCCAUGGGACAAGGAGACUAUUUUCAAGAGCGUCCAGAAGACAGGAAGAGUUCUGGUAGUGCACGAGGCCAUGGUCAAUGCGGGCAUUGGCGCUGAGGUUGCUGCUGCCAUACAAGAAGAUCCGGAGACCUUCAUUCGACUGGAGGCACCAGUGCAGAGGGUGGCGGGCUGGAGUAUACACAUGCCUCUAUUGUUUGAAAAAUUCAAUGUCCCUGAUGUCGCUAGAGUAUACGAUAGCAUCAAAAAGGUGCUAAGCUAUUAGACCAGGAUUAUAGUCGCACUGUUAUAGUGAACAAUUGAACAUACUAUUACAGUCUACCAGAUCAGACCUCGGUCUUACUAACAAUUGUGGAUGUCUCUGAGGCAUUCUAUCGUCGGGGUAUCUCUUCCACCUUUGACACCGAAACUCUCAUCAAACAAGAGUUGGGUCGGCAACGACACAACUCACGAUGGGUCCGAUGGUGUAGUUGGUUAUCACGUCAGUCUAACACACUGAAGGUCGGCGGAUCGAGCCCGCCUCGGAUCAUCCUUUUGCCUUUUUACUGCUCUUCAAGAGUGCAGCCAGGUGACUUGGUACCUACAUUUCUUAGCUUGGUAUUUCUCAACAUCUUCAGGCAUGGCAGGCCCGGCAAUCCUAUUGGUAUCUCUGUUCUGUUCAGCGUCGUGCUUCUCUACGUUGCGAUCAAUCUGCUUUUCUAUUUAGACACAAGUGGCCUGUGCCUCUGGCUGUCAGUUUUGAGCUU